UUUGGGGAUUAGUUUGCGUCCCGCCGCGGAGAGCCACAGCGGUGGGAUGGGCUGUGAGGUGUUCAAGAUGGCGGCGCCCUGUGGAGUGCAGUGAAUGUAACAGCGGUGCCUGGAGACUGUAUUGGAGGGUGGCCCCAGGACUCCUCCAGGCAGACAGGGUCAACGCCAAGAGAGACGCUGCCUCCACCUCCGCCACUGCCAGCAUGGCCAGGGAGCAGCCCAAUGUGGGAGACCUCAUCCCACUCCUGGAGACCUCAGACCUCCACCAGCUAGAGGAAAUAAGAGGCCUUAUCAACGAGCAGCUCAGUACUGAGCGAGGGUCUAUGCUGCUGAACGGACUAGUGGAUUACUUUUUGGAGACAAAUUCUGCUGAGGCCAUGCACAUCCUCUCCUCCAUCAGAGAGCCACACGAUAAGCACCUUCUGGACAAGAUGAAUGAGUGUUUGGCCAAACAGGUUUGCCGGCUGCCCACUGUCACCUUGCUUGGCCACGUCAUCCGCAAGCAGCCCUCUUGGAUCCACAAGAUCGCCCGUAACCCUCUGCUGCUCUCGCUGCUCAAAUGCCUGAAGACGGACACAGACGUGGUGGUGCUGAUAACUGGAGUACUGGUGCUAAUCACUCUGCUGCCCAUGAUCCCACAAGCUGGUAAACAACACCUGUGGGAGUAUUUUGACAUCUUUGGCCGCCUAGCAUCCUGGAACCUGAAAAAUCCCGGGCAUGUUUCAGAGGUUUACUUGAUCCACCUGCACGCCAGUGUCUACUCACUCUUCCACCGCCUUUACGGCAUGUACCCUUGCAACUUUGUGUCCUACCUGCGCUCCCAUUACAGCAUGAAGGAGAACAUGGAGACCUUUGAGGAGGUAGUGAAGCCAAUGCUUGAACACGUCCGCAUCCACCCAGAGCUGGUGACAGGAACCAAGGACCAUGAGCUAGAUCCCACCAGGUGGAAAAAGUAUGAAAUCCACGACAUUGUCAUUGAAUGUGCCAAAGUGUCUCUAGACCCCAAGGAAGCCUCCUGUGAGGAAGGCUAUGCCACCAUGCCUGAGAACUUUUAUCCCCAAGUUCACUUCCGACCCCAGGACUGCACUUCCAGCCCCUACACAGACCUCCACAGCAGCUACGGAAGCUCUUCUUCAACUCCACGGCAGCCACAACCCCCGCCCCUGUCCUUGCCCCCCUUUUCAGGCACACAGCCCUCGCACCAUAGCCCGCAGACCUCCAAACGCCAGGACUCCGCCUGUGAACUCAACUCUUCCUGUGGGGGCAAAGAUCCACUGUGGAGCCCCUCCUCAUUGUGUGGAAUGACCACACCCCCUUCCUCUAGAGGCAUGUCACCCAGUUUGGAGCUUUCCCACAGUGCCUCACACCUUCCCAGCCGUUUCCACUGCACAUCAGGGGGUAAAGGAACGCCUGCAUCCAGCACUCCAGCGACCUCCUCUCCACCUCCCACCCUCUCAGAUGACUUCCCCAUAAUCUCUUUGCCAACCAGCACAGUCCAGUCUAGUCCUCCCAGAAAGGACCGCAGACUAGGAGAAAGCAGUAAACCAGCAUCUGUGAGACAAGAACCCAUGAAAGAUUCCGAGAAGUGUGCAGAAGUAACCACGAACAGAGAAGCUGCUGAGAAUAUCUCCAUGACUUUGACGGAGCUGUCAGUCUUCAUGAAGAAACAAGAGCUGGAUCUUCAGCUGAGAACAGAGAAAGAGAAAGAAGAAGCUGCCAUCACGGAGGAGCUGUCAAAGAUAAAUGAGGAAACACGGGAGCUGUCAGGCCUGAGGGGCUUUGACUCGCUUUUCAUGCAGACCACUGAGACUCUGACCGGCUACCAGGCACAAGACAAGACUCCAUUCUACACACAGCUCAGUGGCCUGACACGGGACACUCACAGUGUUGCAUCAGCACCAGACAAAGUGGAGAACUCUGCAAGUAUUGUUACCGGUGGAAGAGGUGGAGGGCCAGGAGGAGAGAGCAGGGUUUCAGGCCUGGAGCAGUCCUGGUCCUUCUCGUCAGGUUUCACCCCGAUAGAUCACCACCUUCACCAAAGUCCGUCCGCUGCAGAAGAGGAUGGUUCCAAGUUUGGGAUAUUCUCUCCUAGCCUGUGCAGCAAACCGUCAGCCCUGGUACCCUAUGAAUCGUUUUUUGACCUUGUGCUGCCGCGGGCGGCCUCACUCUUUGUGGGCAAAAAGACAUCCGAUGCGGCACACAAGGCAUCGAUGGAGAGGCUGGUACAGCAGACUGAAGGGUUGGAAGAUAGGGAGGAAGAAGGGAUAACAUCUGCUUCGCCACUGGAGGUGCUGGAUCGCCUUGUUCAACAGGGGAGCGACGCACAUGACAAAGUCCUCAAGAGAUUACCUUUGCCAAGUAAAUCAGCAGACUGGACACAUUUUGGAGGCUCAGCUCCCCUUGAUGAGCACAAUACGUUGCGCAAUCAGUGUCUCCUGCUGCACAACCAGGUGCUAUACGAGCGCUACAAGAGGGAGCAGCACGCGGUCCGAAACAGAAGGCUCCUCCGGCGCAUCAUCAAUGCCACUGCACUGGAGGAGCAGAACAACACUAUGAAGGACCAACAGAACUUGCAGAAUGUGGAGAUCAUGUCCCUGAGGGACAGUCUGCAGGUGGAGCAGCAGCGAUACAGGCAGCUGUGGGACGACCGGGAGACGGUGGUGACAAAAUUGCACAGUCAGAUCAGACAGCUGCAGCAGGGACGAGAUGACUACUACACCAAGAAUCAGGAGCUGCAGAGCAAGUUGCAGGAGCAUCAAAAACGGAUGGAUGAACUGGAGGCGGAGCUGCAGAGAGCCAGUAACAAAGUCUGCCACACUGGUCACCUCCUCAACCAGAUGACCAUUAAGCUGAGCAGCAGUGAGCGCACGCAGCAGCAGAUGAGCUUCCUGAACAAGCAGCUGCUGCUCCUGGGGGAGGCACACAAACUCUCCAUGCAGGAGUUGCAGCACGCCGGCCCAGACAGCACAAAGGAGGUCCAGAUGCUCCAGAUGUCUUACGAGAAAGAGGUGGAGACACUGAAGCUGAAUCUGCUGGUUCAGGGACAGAAACUGGAGGCGGCGCAGCAGAGAGUCGGCGAGCUGGAGGCGCACCUCUCCAAAAAGGAACACCUUAUCACUGAGCAGAAAAAGUUCCUGGAGGAUGUAAAGUGUCAAGCCAAGGCUGAGCUUCAGGCCUCAGACUGCAGGUAUCGGGCUCAGAGACGGAUCACCCAGCUACUGCAGACUGAACUCCUGCAGCUCUACAGCAGAGUGGAGAUCGAGGCUCCAGCCUGCAGCGCCUCCGCCUCAUUGCCGGGGGGAAGAGCCGUGACACAGACCUGUGCCGAUUCCAGUGUCACAGUGGCAGAUGGACCAAUUGAAGCCCACGUUAAGAAAGAGGUGGACAGACAAACACUGCAUGGUUCCCCUCUGGGCAACGGCAGCACUUUAUCUCCAGGGCAAUCAAAGGCGAGCGGCUCUCUCAACGGCAGCCAGGACCUCAUCCCGCCUCUGCUGGUGGAGCCCUCUCUGUCCUGCUCCCACGUCAGCCCGUUUCCACCCCUGCCGCCAUCUGACGCCCCACUCACCGUGGGCUCCUACCCCAGCACGAAAAGCUUCCUGGGUUUGAGGGCGCGCGAGCUUUUCCGCAACAAGAGCGAGAGCCAGUGUGACGAGGAGGAGCCCCUGCCGCGCCUGACCAGCCUUGCGCAGGGGUUGAAGACUGAGCUCUGUGUGGAGCUGCCCUGCACAGAAGACGACAUGGUCAACCCUGCGCCUCCCACUUUUCUGACUCCAUCACCCACGCCUGCCACCGCCUCACCACAGAGCCCUCUCACUGUGCUGACCAAGGAGCCCCCUUCUCUGUCAAAGCAGCAGUCUUCCACCCAGGGAAGCCCACGCAGAAAGGCAGGGGUGGGCACUGGUGGAGGGCGGGGCCACGCUGGCUCACCAAGGCCCCGACAGCAGCAGCUAAAGAUCAUGGACUACAAUAAAACACAUCACGAGCACAGUUAGAGACACAAACUGAGCCCAAGAUAUAAGACCGAGAGACUGAUUGAGAAAAGCUACACAACAUAAAUCAGCAAGAGUCGCGUGUCGACACCUCUUUUGAAUUCAGUGUUAUUUGUUUGCUCCUUUGAGUGGACAACAGGAUUCUGACACCCACCCCAUUUUUUUUAGUCAUUCUCUUGAAACGAUUUACAAAAAUUGGCCAGAGUAGAGUUGAAACAGCAAGUAGAGAUGCUCAGCUUCUAAAUUUAGGCUGGAGAUGAGUUAAAAAAAAAAAAAAAAAAACACAAACACCCGGCAACAUCUGUGGACAGUAAUUGUGUGUUGCAUAUCAUGGGGCCAUGAUUCAAAUUUAAGAUGAGCUUUUAAAUGCGCAUUAUUGUAAAACAUGUCUGUUAUGACACACCAGAAGGGAUUUUGUCUCAGGGGCCGUGCUUUGGCUUUGACCACAGACGGUGUUUGGCGUUCUUGUUGACUGAGCCGCAGAGCAUGUGCGUGACCCGAGUGGAGGGAGCCGUUUGGUUUGUUCUGGCAGAAACCUGGUGUUUUUGACCUGAACUGUAACUGUUCCUUCCAAAAACUCUACUGAGAUUGCGUGCUUGCUUGUGCAUGCAAAAAUGUCAUGAGGAGAGAAUGUGUGUGUGUGUGUGUGUGUGUGUGUGUGUGUGUGUGUGUGUGUGUGUGUGUGUGUGUGUGUGUGUGUGCGCGCGCGCACAUGCGUACCAAUGUGUUGAUGAUGCAAUCAUGUCGGUACUCAUAUUUCAAGAAUGAAAACUGUGUGAGAUUUAGAAACUUUUAUACAUUUUUAUGAAUUCUGUCACAGUUAUAUUUCCAUUCAACCGGUAAAAAUCCUCAUCGCAGCGCUCUGCUUUGAAUGAUCAGUCCAAACUUUUUGGUUUGCUUCUUGUCAUCUUUACCAAUUAAUCUGUUAGUGUGAUUAAUCAUUUAACCCCUUGGUCUAUGAAAUGUC